CUAGUAAGUACUACAUUUCCCGGCGUGCCCCGGGCGGACGUCUGCUAGCAGGGACGUCACACAUCAGCGACAGAGAACCUGCUGCUGAAUCCUCUCCGGCCUUGUGGUGGUAAUUUGCUGUGUAACGCGCUAGGACCGGAGUCGGCAGCAGAACAGUGCUCGGGGACACAGACCUACGGCCGCUCUAUAGCUAUGGAGUAUCUGAUCGGCAUCCAGGGCCCGGACUAUGUGCUGGUGGCGGCGGACAUGGUUUGCGCGAACAGCAUCAUUAAGAUGAAGCACGAUAUGGAUAAAAUGUUCAAGAUGAGUGAGAAGAUCCUCCUCUUGUGUGUGGGAGAAGCUGGGGACACGGUACAGUUUGCAGAAUACAUUCAGAAGAAUGUGCAGCUGUAUAAAAUGAGGAAUGGCUAUGAGUUGUCUCCCACAGCAGCUGCAAACUUCACACGUAGGAAUCUUGCUGACUACCUGAGAAGUAGGACUCCCUACCAUGUUAACCUAUUGCUGGCUGGCUAUGAUGAACACGAUGGUCCUUCCCUGUAUUACAUGGAUUACCUAGCAGCUCUGGCAAAGGCACCUUUUGCAGCUCAUGGCUAUGGAGCCUUUCUCACCCUUAGCAUCCUGGACCGCUACUACAAGCCAGAUCUCACACGGGAAGAGGCAGUAGAGCUUCUAAAGAAAUGUAUAGCAGAGCUCCAGAAGCGGUUCAUCGUAAGUCUGCCUUCAUUCGCUGUGCGUGUCAUUGAUAAGGAAGGAAUACAUGACAUGGACAGCAUUCCUGCAUCCAGCGUAUAAUCCUCCCUUACCUGACUGUCCCCUUUAUUUUUAAAAAUUUUGAUUUCUGCUGCUGUUGAAAACUAGUUUCAAUAAAUAUUCCCAUGACCAUGAAAUGCGGGAAAAUUGGAAUAAA